AUGGAUUUCCCAGCUGCUGGGGUUACAUCUUUUCUUCUCAAUAAUGCUGGAGGAAACUCUGAAUGCCCCUUUUUUCUCUGGGGACUUCUAGCCUUCUUGGGUUUGGCUCUGGUUAUUUCGUUGAUCUUCAAUAUCUCUCACUAUGUAGAAAAGCAACGACAAGAUAAAAUGUACAGAUGCUCUGAUGACUUCAUUCCCAGGGUUGAUGAAUAUUAUAUUGAAGACRCACCAAUUUACGGUAAUUUAGAUAAUAUGAUCCCAGAAGAAAUGGAUGAAAAUUGCUAUGAACAAAUGAAAGCCCGACCAGAGAGACCUGUAAACAAUAUGCAAGAAGCUGCUCCAUCUGCACACGUGCCUGCUGAAACACAGAUGUGCUACGCCUCCCUUGAUCACAGCUUCAAGGGGAAGCGCAGGAAGCCCAAGAAACAGAAUGCUCACUUGUCAGAGGAGGAGAAAGACAAGCAAUUACAUGCAGUGGGUGCCAGCAUUUCUACGACCAACUUGGCAGAGAGUUUCUCACCAGAAAGCCAGGCAAUAGAGGAAAACAUUCAUGAUGACCCCAUCAGACUGUUUGGUCUGAUUCGUGCCAAGAGAGAACCUAUAAAMCAGGCAGAUUAUGAUCCAAGUCAAUGA